AUGCUGGAGGAAGCUCGUCUCCGAAAACAGAAGGCUCGAACAGAGACUAGUAUAGCUCUCUGGCCCGUACAAGAGAGGUACAAGGAAGAGCUUGCGAAUGUCGUGCAUACCCGUCGCGUUUUACCACUCCUAUAUGACAAAGGCUUUCAGCUCAUUGUAGUGGAGGAUUAUGAUCACAAGCUGGCUGGUGCGAUUGUCGAAGUGCACUUUACGCUUGGACUCAAUUCAGGUGCACAAGAUGCGUCCAAUCUAGGUUGGAAACUUGUCCUUGUUAAAAAAGGACUUGCGCAUAUGUCUCUUCUCGAGACAUACGAUGCUGAACGUCUCCCUGUCAUCUCCGAGGCUCAAAAUGACUACAUCAAUCCUAAAUCGUGCAAUGACGGCAGCAAGCACGCCCGCCCAGCGUCACCCCAUCCUUUCCAUGCUCGACUUUCACUGUCGCUUCAACAGCAUCGUCCUUGA